AUGAGUACAUCCUGGCUUGGCCUCGUCGAUGGCGCGUCCAACGACGAGGUGGAACAGCCGGUCAAGCCACACGAACCGGCACGAGACGUCCGCGAUGAAGCACCCAUGACCCCUCCUGCUUCUCUUUCGCGGCCGGCAAGCCCUUAUACUUUACAUCCUCCUAUCGAUUUCGACGGACUGAGUUGGCCAUGUAUCGGCACACGAGAGAGGCGGGAGCAGACACCGGAGGAAGCACAAGCACGCCUGGACAAGCUUGCGGGCGCCGUCAAGACUAUCUUCGAAUGUAUCGGUGAGGACCCCGAGAGGGAAGGAAUCCGGGACACGCCGCAGAGGUACGCCAAAGCUCUCAUGUACUUUACGAAGGGCUACGAGGAAAAUGUGCAGGAGUUGGUGAACGGCGCCGUUUUCCACGAGGAUCAUGAUGAGUUGGUCAUUGUCAAGGACAUUGAAGUCUUCAGUCUUUGCGAACACCACAUGGUGCCCUUCACGGGGAAAAUGCAUAUUGGAUACAUCCCCAACAAGCGAGUCCUCGGCCUUAGCAAGUUCGCGAGACUUGCAGAGAUGUUCUCCAGACGACUGCAGGUCCAAGAACGGCUGACAAAGCAAGUGGCACUGGCAAUUGCAGAGGUGCUGAAACCGCAAGGUGUGGCUGUUGUUAUGGAGAGCAACCAUCUCUGCAUGGUCAUGAGAGGAGUAGAGAAGACGCAGAGCAGCACGACGACAAGCUGCAUGCUCGGUGCCAUGCGGAGCAGUGCAAAAACGAGGGAGGAGUUUCUAACCCUCCUCAACCGCAAGUGA